AUGACCCAGUUAUUCGCCUCGAGUCCCCCGGCGAUGACAACUGACAAGACGAACGAGAAGCGCGGGAAUUUCCCGGGCCUGUCCCUGCCGUCCCGCAAACACUCCGCCGAGUCGGCCCAUUUGCCGACAAGAAUCAAGAACUUCUUUCGCAUCAACAGUUCCAGCAGCCAUUCCUCCGCCAACAGCCCGGGCAGCAGUCAUGAACGAGAACGCGAAAAGGAAGGCCCUACCGCCAGUCCGUCCAAAUUGGAAUCCAAAUCGCCUUUCCGGCAGUCUCGCUUCCUCCCCGCCAUUGGUCGCAAUCGCUCAACAACGGUUGCCAGCGAGGGCAACCCUCUGGAUGAUGGUGUCUCACCGACCGCUACAGCGAACCCAUACUUUGCCCACCAGGGCCAGCCGGCGUUGCGACACCGGAAUGAAGGCUCUGUCCCCUCCUCACCUCCUGAUACACCCGAGUUGCAGGUCGACGGGGUCUCGGCGGUGGAGCAGGCCACCACCGCCAACAAGGAGGAAUUAGCACGGAAACUGCGACGUGUCGCGUCGGCUCCCAAUGCCCAGGGCAUGUUCGUCAGUGGCCAGGGCGACGGGCGGCCUCAGACGGCUGAUAUUGGCAAGGAGCCUCUCGUGGAACAUCCAGGUCCCAUUCCCAAGAUCAGCCUGGCUGCUUCGAGGAGCGAAAAGACCGCCGCUGUCUCGGCCAUUCCUUCCGCCGCAUCGGAAAGUAAUCUCGGAAGCGAUCUCAACAGUCUCUCGUUCCGUCGAACCUACAGCUCAAAUUCUAUCAAAGUCCGCAAUGUGGAAGUGGGGCCGGCCAGUUUUGAUAAGAUCAAGUUGAUCGGCAAGGGUGAUGUCGGGAAAGUCUACCUGGUGCGCGAGAAGAAGUCUAGCCGCCUCUAUGCCAUGAAGGUCCUGAGCAAGAAGGAAAUGAUCAAGCGCAACAAGAUCAAGCGUGCUUUAGCCGAACAAGAGAUUCUGGCUACGAGCAAUCAUCCAUUCAUCGUCACCCUCUACCACUCUUUCCAAUCAGAAGAUUAUCUGUAUCUCUGCAUGGAGUACUGCAGUGGUGGCGAGUUCUUCAGAACCCUGCAAACUCGCCCUGGAAAGACCAUCUCCGAGGACGCUGCCCGAUUCUACGCUGCUGAGGUGACUGCUGCAUUGGAGUAUCUCCAUCUCAUGGGAUUCAUCUAUCGCGACUUAAAACCAGAGAACAUUCUCCUUCACCAGUCCGGCCAUAUCAUGCUUUCAGAUUUCGAUCUCUCGAAACAAUCCGGACCCGGAGGAGCACCGACCAUGAUUCCGGCACGAAACGGCGGUAACUCGACUACCUCGCUGCCCACCAUUGACACCAAGUCCUGCAUUGCCGACUUCCGUACGAAUUCGUUUGUCGGCACGGAAGAGUAUAUCGCACCCGAAGUGAUCAAGGGCUGCGGCCACACCAGCGCUGUCGAUUGGUGGACGCUGGGUAUCUUGAUCUACGAGAUGCUGUACGGCACCACGCCUUUCAAGGGCAAGAACCGAAAUGCCACGUUCGCGAGCAUCUUGCGAGACGAGGUGUCAUUCCCCGACUCCAACACGCAACAGACCUCCGCGCUAUGCAAGUCCCUGAUUCGCAAACUGCUGAUCAAGGACGAGACCAAGCGUCUCGGUGCCCGUGCUGGGGCCAGUGACGUGAAGACGCACGCGUUCUUCCGGACGACCCAGUGGGCACUGAUUCGUCACAUGAAGCCGCCCAUGAUCCCGCACCAGGGCCGCGCCGGCACAGACACGGUCAACUUCCGCAAUGUCAAGGAGAGUGGCAGCGUGGAUAUUGGCGGCACCAGCACGACCAAGAUGAAGGGCGUGCCGCUAGACUCGGGCAUGGUGACUCCGAAUGGCGAGCUCAAUGAUCCGUUUGAGGAGUUCAACAGCGUCACUCUCCACCACGAGGGAGACAUGUAA